GCGCCGGAAGUGUGGAAGCGCGGGUCGGGGUCGUGGGGUCGCGUCAGUGUGGAGGCAGCCGGCGUCCUGCGCGUCGUGGGGUCGGUACGGGGGACUGCGUCCUAGGGAGUCACGGGCGGUGCGCGACCCGCGCUGGCUCCGGGGGUGGCGGGCACGGCGGCUGUGACAGCUUAUUGCAGGAGUGACCAGGACAAUACCUUCUAGAAGUGAUGCCCACAGAAAGCGCAAGCUGCUCGACUGCUCGCCAAGCAAAACAGAAGCGCAAAUCACAUAGCCUUUCUAUACGAAGAACUAACAGCUCGGAGCAGGAGAGGACGGGGCUGCCGAGAGACAUGUUAGAAGGACAAGAUUCUAAACUGCCUUCCUCCGUUCGCAGUACACUUCUGGAACUGUUUGGGCAAAUAGAAAGAGAAUUUGAAAACCUUUAUAUUGAAAACUUAGAAUUACGUAGAGAAAUCGACACUCUUAACGAACGUUUAGCUGCUGAAGGACAAGCGAUUGACGGAGCAGAGCUGAGCAAGGGCCAACUCAAAACAAAAGCCAGUCACAGCACCAGCCAGCUCUCCCAGAAACUGAAGACCACGUACAAGGCUUCCACCAGCAAGAUUGUCUCCAGCUUUAAGACCACGACGUCGCGGGCUGCCUGCCAGCUUGUGAAGGAGUACAUUGGUCACCGGGAUGGCAUUUGGGAUGUCAGUGUGGCCAGGACACAGCCAGUGGUGCUCGGGACUGCGUCAGCUGACCACACGGCUUUGCUGUGGAGCAUAGAAAUGGGGAAGUGCCUUGUCAAGUAUGCAGGCCACGUGGGCUCAGUAAAUUCUAUAAAAUUUCAUCCCUCAGAGCAGUUGGCUCUCACUGCUUCUGGAGAUCAGACUGCUCAUAUCUGGAGAUACGCGGUGCAGCUGCCGACACCCCAGCCUGUCGCUGACACUAGUCAGAUAUCUGGGGAAGAUGAAGUAGAGUGCUCCGACAAGGAUGAGCCCGACCUUGACGGGGACGUGUCCAGCGACUGCCCCACCAUCCGCGUCCCGCUGACAUCCCUCAAGAGCCACCAAGGCGUGGUCAUCGCCGCAGACUGGCUGGUCGGGGGGAAGCAGGCUGUGACUGCCUCAUGGGACCGGACGGCAAACCUGUAUGAUGUGGAGACGUCUGAGCUCGUUCAUUCUCUGACAGGGCAUGACCAGGAGCUGACGCACUGCUGCACACACCCCACCCAGCGGCUCGUGGUGACCUCCUCCCGUGACACGACUUUCCGCCUCUGGGAUUUCAGGGACCCCUCCAUCCACUCGGUGAAUGUUUUCCAGGGACACACGGACACUGUGACCUCUGCUGUGUUCACCGUGGGAGACAAUGUGGUUUCAGGCAGUGAUGACCGUACGGUGAAAGUCUGGGACUUGAAAAACAUGAGAUCCCCCAUUGCAACUAUUCGCACAGACUCUGCCAUUAACAGGAUCAACGUAUGUGUUGGCCAGAAAAUCAUAGCCCUCCCCCAUGACAACCGACAAGUGAGACUGUUUGAUAUGUCAGGAGUGCGCCUGGCACGACUUCCCCGGAGCAGCCGACAGGGCCACAGGAGAAUGGUGUGCUGCUCGGCGUGGAGCGAAGACCACCCUGUGUGCAAUCUGUUCACCUGUGGGUUUGACCGGCAAGCCAUUGGUUGGAACAUCAACAUCCCUGCAUUGCUGCAAGAAAAAUAAGGUCACCGGCAGUCCUUAGUGUCCCUGUUUGCCAGCACGGACCUUUGAUGGGUGCAGGCUCUUUUGCAUAUUAAUCAGCCAUUUUUGUAAGAGUCUGACCCUGGGAAGGGUGCUUUGUAUGUGUUCUUUUCACAUAGUGCCCAGCUUGCAUGAAGUGUACAGAGACACGUGUGGUCGUAUUUUUUACUUUUGUCUUGUGUAUGUGUAUUGGGUCCUUUAGGCCAUAGAGGCGAAGCUCACCGCCCAUGUAGCACACGAAAUGGUUGUGAGUUGUUGACGUUGGACAGGUGAACAGUAGGGCAUUACAUUUGUGUGAAUUAAAUGUGAACCUGUGCAUUAUGUGGCGGCGUUGGCAGUCCUGCGUCCCUUGGAGUAACUGUGCUUAUCUGCCUGUGCUGGCUGGUGACCAGCAGGAUCACUCCGGGAUUUGUGUUCAUCUCUGUGUGAGGUUCAGCACGUGCUGUUAUGUAGUCCGCUUCCACUGUCAUUUCUGUUACAGUUCUGCAAAGGUAACCUGGAGUUUAGAAGUUAAAAAGAAGCAUGGGAUGUUGGACUUGUGCCAUUUGGAGUUUCUUUAGGAAAGAAAAGGGUUCUGCUUUUUUUGUAGAAAAUCAUUUCAAUCUCUCAAGGUCUCAUGCUAGCAAAUUUUGAAAUAGGAUUCUUGUCACUGAUUUCAAGUAUUAAGCAAAAUGAAUGUAAAGCACUUUAGUUUAUAGCUGUGGUUAUAAACAGUUUUUAGAUGUUUCAAAUGACUUGUCCAUUGAAUGUGACUUGACCUUGAUCAGAGACCCUGCUGCCUGCACACAGAGCCCAGUGAAUUCUCCGCACCUCAGUCAUGUGCUUCCGAAUGGGCUCACUCCCAUGGUGGUGUUUGAGAGCCAACAACACUACCUCAGAGACGGGUCUCUGGGAAACUUUGGGUCUCACUGGUGCCUGACUGGAGCACUUUGGUUUAUAGCUGGAAUACUGAGUUCAGUUCAAAAGGCAAGAGAGACAGUCACACCGACGUGUCCUGAAGGUAUAGGCUCGCCACUUAGGCGCACAUGCUGAUGGCCGCAGCCACCAGGCACUGUGAUGGGACGCUUCAGCUCCGACAGGGGGACGCCUUUCAGUGCCAGUCCCGUUCCUGCUGAGGGAGCCUGGUGUUCUUGCCUUCUUGGGAAUUAUUGCUCACCUGGUAUCUGUAUGUUAGUGUUUCUUGUUGAGUUAUAGUUUUGAUAAAGAGGCUCUCAGUUCCUGCCUCUCGUAUUUUCAGUCCUUUGAAUACGUCCACCUGGAGGCUUACCACUUGGAGAGACACAGGAAGGUGAUCUUUACAGUUGUCGUGUGACACCCCAGGUCUUUGUGUCUUGCCCCGUUUAACGGUGAUGUGGGAGGGAACCCAUCUGAGGACUGGUAGAUGUAGGUGCAGUAGGACGUGGGACUUUCAGACCUGUCCUUCUGUGCAGCUCACCAAGGGUGAGAGGCACCUCCUUACUUGGGUCUUCAGGGGCUGGUCCUGCGAGCUUCAGAUCUAAAUCCUCCAGAAUGAUUCUGAAAUGACUGACAGCCUGAGGCCGAAGAAUAAUCGACAGUGACCUCAUUUGGAUCUGAUGUGGCUAAGGGACAAACAGCAAAUAUUUCAGUUAUUUUGAUGUUAAAGAUAAAAAAUGUGUUGUGUUUUUGUCUGACAUUGUUUCUUGACUGCACUGUUCAGAGAGUCCACUGUCCAGAGUCCUCCUGGGCCCUCCGGUUGAUGAGAAUCUCAGGUUUUGACUCCUACUGUCCUGAGUGAACUUGCCUCAUGUACAGCUGUGCUGUGUCUGGAUGUUGCUGGGCCCUGCUUUUUCUCAUGGCUGGAGGUCCGAUUGCUAGAGCCUCCUGCAGUGCACAUGCAAAGGCCUGAGCCCAGGGUGGCUUCCGGGGCCACUGCACAGUGCCGGCUUAGGUUCCUCGGAGUUUAAUUUGAAAGUCUGGGUAUCUUAGGAUGUUGGUUAGGAACAUUGAAAGAUGGCUGCAGAUAGCUAAAUCAAACUUAGGAACCAGAUUAAAACAUUUUUGAAGCUUUUAAAAAUCCAUAGUCAGAGUGGCCAUUGAGACCCAGGUAUGCUGGUGACCUUCACUGCCACACCUGCUCACCUUCUCCAGCAAACUGGAGGUACCUCAGAAAUGGCUCCUCCUGCACAUCCUCGGGACGCAGCCCUGUCAUGCCGAGGGAGAGCUCUCGGGAGUGGAGGCGCCGUGCUGUUUGCCGCUGUGUCAUCUUCUAACGUGAACUCAUCACUGCUACUGCAGUGUGUUAAUCAGGAGUCACAUACAAGAUGGGGAUGGUGUGUGUGUGUGCACACGCGCAUGGGCAUGUGCACAUGUGUGUGGCUAAGUUAAGUCAUGCUGUCAGCCACAUGUGAUGUCGUCUGAAACAGUAUUUGGAAAUGGGAACAGUUUUGUUCUUUAUGCUGAUGUGUCCAGAAUUUCAUUUAAUAAUAGAUGGAAAAUGUGUGGUUGCUAUAAAGUGUGUAUCAAUACAGAAUUUCAUAAGAGCCGUGUUGUCGGGCAAAGCAACUCUCUUUUUCAACCACUGCUCAUCAGUUUCUGUAGAGACAAAAAUUCUGUACAUAUUUUGGAAUCUGAAGAAUCCUAUGUAAAUCAUUUGUUACUUAAAUCUGUGAAAAACAUGUUUCUUUGGAGGAAAGUAUGCAUUUAUAAGUGUUCUGUGGAAUCAGUUUUUAUUGUAUCGAUAUAAUUGUCUCUAAGUGUUCAGUGUCUUCAUUGCAAUAUGAAAUUCAUUAAAAUGUCCGUGUUCCAUAAUUACUAUUAUAAAAGCUUUGUGUUAUUGGGA